CCCUCGUUUGUGAGACACAUGGAUUGUUUGUUUUAUUGAACCAAAUGGAGGGAAAUUCUUGGAAUUUGGAUAGCGUGCCGUACUGUAAUAGGUUGAUUUUUGUGGGUACUUUUCAACUAUUUUAAACCUAAGGAAAUCUUGGUUGGUAUGGAUGUAUGGAUAACAUUUAUUCAGAUUUUCCUCUUUGUCCCUUGCUCAACUGCAUGGGAUGUUAUCCAAAAUGUCUUGAGAAUUUAUUUUAAUAGUCAUGAGAAUACCCUCUUAAAAACCAAGCUUGAUAAGAAAUUGCUUGGUGAUUUCAUGACAUCUGGACAUGGUUAACUCUUUUUCACUUUGAUCUUCCAGUACUGCUGCUGUACCACAUAUUCUGAUAUUUGUAAUUCUGAAUAGCUUAGGUAGUAAUUAUCUUUGUGGUUUUACAAUAUAAAGAUAUAAUGGAAGGGAAUGUGCUCCCUGGUUCUUCUGAAGUAUUGCUGGAAGUACGAUGUUGUAGCAUCAAUAUUAUCACUAAGAGAAGUGAUCAACAAUUUCUUCCUGAUGGUUUCAGUAAGCUUCCAAUAAUUCGUAGCAUAAGUGGGAAAAUCACAAAAAUUGGCUCAAAUGUCAAAAGAUUUAAAAUUGGGGAUGAGGUAGCUGGAAUAAUUCCAUUAGACAUGGCCAAAACUCUACAUGGCAUAAAAACUACUCUUAUGCAGGAAGAAUUUUUAGUGCACAAGCCUUCUGAAUUAGGUUGGGAAGUUGCAGCAUGUUGUUUGCUGGAUGGAUUAACUGCUUAUACAGCGCUACAUUACCAAGCUCAUAUUCGACCUGGUGAUACAUUACUACUAUGCAAUGGUUCUGAUUCAACAGGGGUUCUAAUGGCACAAAUUGCUAGACAUUGGGGCGCAAAGGUUCUCGUCACUGCAUCCUCUGAAGAAGAAGCUCAGAUCUUACGUAUGAUGUCUAACAAUGGUCCACAAGUAUUCGGUGGUCACCAAUUGUUGCAUAAUUUUGUGAUGGACGAAACAGGGGGCUUAGGUGUUGAUUGUAUUGUUGAUAAUGGAAUUAUUGUUCACGAUUCUUCCAUUACCAAUAACGAUGAAGAUUUUUCAAAACCAACAAAACAUGAUAUUAUUUCUUGUCUUGCUGUAGGAGGUAAAUGGAUUACUAGCCAAAGUGAUUUGCAAAUAGACCCUCCUGAUUCAGAAGUCUUGCAUAUGAAAGGGUCAAGCUUAUGUCACUUAUUUCCUGAGAUGUGGACAUUGUCAACAAGUCAGCAAGGUCGAUAUCUUCACAUAUUGAAGGACGUUUUAGAUAAAGCAGCAUGCGGUGUCAUACGACCUCAUCUCAUGACUGUCCUUCCUGCUUCAGAAGUACAAUCUAGAAGUGAUUUGUUUCCAUCUAAAAGUUGCAUUGUUAUCAAGCUGUAGUGUGAAUAGUACUGUGUGACCGAGUGCUGACAAUGAAUUGUUUUGUUCAAUUGGAAAUUAGUGCAAUUUUAUUUUACCGUUACCAUGAAAAUGGGUUUAGUAAUUUUUUUUUUUUUCAUUUCUAAUAUAUUGAUAUAUACAAAAUAAUAAUUUGGAUCAGUUAUUUGAAACUAAUAUUUUAUUUGUUAUCGAAGAAACUAGGCUAUUAAAUAAAUAAGUAUCGAACAUGGUUAAAUAUGGUAUUAAAUUCUAAUAUCAAAUUGUAUCUUUUCCAUUAUACUGUUGAUUGAAUACUAUUUUUCUUCAAAUUGAUUUUUGUAUUGCAG